AUGAAGAAGCCGGUUAAGAGCAAUAGCGAGACCUGUCAAGAGAUUGAAGAAGUCAAUGAACGAACAUUAAUGAUGAGGAGGAUGCUUGAGUGUAUAGACAAAGGAGCUGAAGAUGAGAUCAAUGAAACUUAUAGAUAUGCACCAUAUGAUGAAGUGCCAGAGUUUGUUACUCUGUGGUCAAUAGAAGAGACGCACGGCAUGCUAAACGAUGUGGCCAUUAUUAUAGUUUCAAUAAAAGAAUGA